AAACAAAACAAAAGCGGCGGGAGGAGGAGGAGAACGUGUCUGGGGCUGGAGUGUUGGAUCUAUCCGGAGAAUGAGCGGCGCCGUGACAGACAGAGAAAAAAGGGACGACCGAGACUGCGUCUUAGUAUUGACUUUCUCCCCUGGUGCCUGUGUGGGAAGUGCCACACACUCCCUAAACCAACAACGGCUUUUGCUUGCAUAUUCCAGUGUUUCUUUUGUCAGCGAGUGCAGCAAAGUUGUAAUUCUUCAAGUGCCAGCCCAGAGCUGAGUGAAGAUCCACCAGCAGACAUGGUGAAGAUGACAAAAUCAAAAACUUUCCAGGCCUACCUGCCAAAUUGCCACAGAACUUACAGUUGUAUUCACUGUAGGGCACAUUUAGCUAACCAUGACGAGCUGAUAUCCAAGUCAUUUCAGGGAAGUCAAGGGAGAGCCUACCUCUUUAAUUCAGUGGUGAAUGUGGGAUGUGGUCCAGCAGAAGAGAGGGUUCUUCUAACAGGACUGCACGCAGUGGCUGAUAUAUACUGUGAGAACUGUAAAACUACCCUCGGCUGGAAAUAUGAGCAUGCCUUUGAAAGCAGUCAGAAAUACAAGGAAGGCAAAUUUAUCAUUGAACUGGCUCACAUGAUAAAAGACAAUGGCUGGGAGUAAGCUUCAUGCACUGCCCUACUUCAGGUUAUGUCUGUGAGGUGUAUGUUACAGACAAUGUGAAAUAUUAACCUGUUGAACUCCUUUUGGGCAAACUGAAGAGAAAAAAAAAAUGCUGAACCUUAGAAAAAACAGAAAACCUAACCUCACAGACUUGGAGAGCAGCUGAUGGACAUAUUCUGGCUGGGUUUUCCUCCUCUGAGUGUCCAAAAAAAGGUUUUUCUCCUUUUUACACUUUCUCAAUUUUUUUUCUUCUCUUCUAAAUGUAUUCUUCUUGUGUGUGAACAGUUGUGAAACCCCGUUGCUGCUGCCGUAGGAGUCUGCAAUGCAUUGGAAAAAGAUUUUCCCAAUAUGGCAAAUUUCUCAACUUGGAAGCCCAAGAGACACAGUUCACCUGUGCAUACCUUAAUGUUGAUUUGCGGUUAUAUUUUUGUGCAUGCGUAUAGUCUGUGUUUUUCCUUCUGAUUCCACAUGCUGGUCGUCCAGUUGUGAAACUGAGAAAACCAUGUUGCUUUAGACAGGAAGAACAAGAAACAUCCAUGCACAGUCUUUUUUCUUGUGUCCUCACACCAUUUGUAGCCAGGAACGUAUUGCAGUGCAAUGGGUUCCACGCAUAAGGCAAAUGAAGACGAGGAGGAGAAGAAACUGAAGUUACUGUACUUUUCAAAGUGUUUCCUGAAGGUUCAAGACUUCACGCCCUUUACUGUUAGAUGAAGCUUUUUGAAGACAUGAAGACAUUCACCUAUGUCGUUUUCUAUUUACAAAUGUUUCUGUAAUGAAAGAGUCAGAGACUCUGAAUUUCCAGGCUAAAUGCAGGUUUAUGUGUCUAUUAGUGACAUUUCAAGGAAAUCCCAAAGCAGAGUCCUUAUUGGGAGUGACCAGAUUGCAGGGAAAUAUGGAUUGAUCCCCUACGCUACCAGGAAAGAUCAGGAAGCCGCUGCAUUACUGGUGCCCCACGUAAAAUCAUAUGUGUAAAUAUAGGCAAUAGCUCUCAGUAUGUGUUAUGGCAGGUUCCAUAAACCAUUCAGCAUUUAAUUGAAUGCACUGGACAAAGAGGGCAAAGGAAAUAAGUUAUUUGUGGUGGUUCUGCUUUUUGCGCACAAGCAUUUUAGGAAACUUUUCCGUUUGGUGCAUUCACAUAGCUUAGCCCUUAACUAUUGGAGCCCCCGAUUCCUGCGUAACCAUGAAUCAAGUCUAUUUUUGGGUGUGGGUGGUUUGCUGGUUAAAUCAUAUCCUACAAAGUGUUUAAAAAAAACAAAAAAAAAAAACAAAUAUAAAGGAACAAUAAUAUAGAGGAAUCUAUGAAAAAUUAAGUACCCAUAUUAUUUAUUUUAUGUGCACAACUACAGUCACUUUCAGAGGAAAAAAUAUUGGAUUUAUUAUCAAAUUUGAUGCAAACUUAGAGCAAUGUUUUGCUGUGUGUGAAUCCCCCUGCUUCCCUUGUAAUCCCCCCUCCCCAUAUUUCUACCUCUCCAUGUGUGUCUGUGUGUGUAUGUAUGUAUGUAUAUGUGUGAUAUAUAUACAUAUACACACACACAUAUAUACAAUAGUUAAUUGCAAAGCACUUGCGGCAUUGGCAAAAUAAGAAAAAUAUCUAUUCAAUCAAAUUGCCAUAGACAUUGACAUGUUUCGGUCCACCUGGGACCAUCAUCAGGAUGUACAACAGAAUAUUAUAUAUACAAUAGAAAAUAUAUGGCUGCUCUCAGUGAUUGCCGUUGUGGUUCAACCUGAGUUGGAGAGUAUCUGACACAUGACGUACUUAGUUUAAGUCCUCAGUAGCCCUGCAGUCGUUCCCACAGUUUAGUUAUCUUUUAAAGGAUAAAACUUGGGAAAUACUGAAUAUUCUGGGCUUAUUUAUACGCAAGAUAAUGUUUAAAAAGAGGAGAAUUAAUAGAAAUAUGAGUCUGAGACAGCCAUUUAUUUUUUUAUUCAACACUACAAGUACUGUGAGCACUUUUGACUAAAUGAUGAUAUUAUGGGAAUCCUUGCAAUAGAAAUGAUUUUCGCCCAGAUAUUACUUAUAUAACUGUUUCAGCAAGUGCUGAAGCAGUGCUGCUUAAUGCAUAUCUAAUGGAAGCCGGACUGCACUUUAUGCUUGUGUACUCUAUAUGACUAGGGACUGAAGGCUGGAAACCUCUUUUUUCAGUGCAUUGUUAUCCAGACACUUCUAAUAGCCGCUAGGGUUGACAUUUGGGUAAUCAUAUGGUUAAACAUAUAUUUUGUGUGAUCAUCAGUUACAUGAAGGUUGUUGGUGUAAUCCAUUAACAAAACAUAGGGAUUUAACGAAAACUUGAGAUAUUUACUCCAAAUGCAACUGUUUUUUGAGAUAGGAGCCAUCCUAUUUAUUCAGCAUCCUGGAGUGCUCUCUACACAAAGAAAGAAGUCAUAGAAUAACUGAGCGCUUUGAUUGAUUUCUGUCUCAGAAUACUUGCUACUUUCUGGGUUGUUUCCAGUCUCCAUAAGAGAUGAGCUUAUUCUAUGUUUGGAGUGCCUAGGAAGAUGUAUUAAAGCCUUAGCUCUGAGACAUGAGGGGGUUAAAGAGUGUAGCAAAGUUAUAUUGCAUUUGUAGAUCACAGGCAGGUUCUGGUAUCUGCUUCUGUAGCACUGGGUGCCCCAUUGAUCCCACCCCUAGCACACAUUACCCAUGAUUUGCUAUUCACUGAACCUCUCAAGCCACCAUAGAAAGCCACUUCUUGCCUCAACAACACAGUACCAGUUUAAAUAUGACUCCCACUUCAGGCAAUUAUAUAUAUAUAAAUAUAUAUACAGGUCAGUCUGGCUACUGAUCAUUACUGUGUGUGCGUGAUUUGUUUUUCUAUUUUUUUUUUUUUCAAGUAGUUUGCAUAAGGAUUAAAUAUAUAAAUUACAAAAUGAAAGGGGGGGGGGAGCAUUUGCAUUUUCCAUUUAACCAGUUUUGUACAUACAAUAUUAACAAUAAUAUUUAAGUUCAUGUUCCUGUGGUAAAACUGCUUGUUUUCUGUUUAUUUUCUUUGUUAUACUAUUUCCAUACUUUCUAUGAUUAUUGUAGCUACUUAACCUGUUUGUGUAUAUGUUCUUUUUAUAUAUAUAUGUGUGUGUAUAAACUGUAUGGGAAACCUAUUGUGCAAGCUGUUUCUUCUCUAUUUGGAGUUAGAAGCUGCUCAGUGAUGGGCCUGUCCCCAACAAGCUUCUGACUCCCUAAGCACUUUACUACACAACAUUGUGCCCUUACUAGUGAUGGCGAUAUAAUAUUAUUCCAUCAUUUAACAGCAAUGUUUUUUGGCGCUUUCUAUAUAUUCUUUUUGGCGCACCAACCCAGAGUGUUUGCCACCAAUGAGGGGCUUGCAAAGCAAUGUGUCUGAGUGUGCUGGUAGAUACAGUGCAAAGAAUAGAAUUGCUUUUCAAGCCUUUGUGCUGCUACCAAAUUUGGGGAGUUUCGUUUGUGAUCUCCUACAAUUGCUGAGAUGGUCGAUAUUCUCAAUAUGUUCAUUUUUCCCAUGUGCUCUGUCAGUCUGGCUGUGCGCAGCAACCUCCUUUUGCAUCAUCUCCCUUUUUUAGUGAAUUUUUUUUUUUUUUUUUUGCUUGGCCCAGUUAUCCCAGUGUGUGCUUUAUCUCCAGUAAGUGCUGCUCUUACAAACAGUAUUUUAACUUCUCCAGUGUCAGUCCAAUGCUAGCCACCAGCUGAGUAGAGUCCAGGCAGCUGCUUUGUUGAAUAAAAGCUGCUGGUGGGAUUGUCACUCUCUACCUCUGUCACUCUCCUCCCAAGACAGAACGGGCUCCCAAUACUUAACUCAUUCUCUCUUACCACAGGGACCAGCAACAUGCUGCAAGGUGCUUAUUUUCCAUCCCAGUGGAACUAGUCAGGAACAGCUGCUAUAGGCAUUCACAGAUGAGCAGAGUGUGGCCUCCUGUAAAUAUACUCUGUGGGUUUGUUUUACCCUUGCUGCAGUGCAACAGACCUGUUAGCUCCGUUGCCUCUCUGUUUAGUUACUGGGAUGAUAUAUGCCACAAUAACAUGGGCAAGUCAAAUAUUUGUAAGCUCAUCAUUUUAUCUUUUUCCUUUUCUGUUUUAGCACCCACUUAGCCGAGAGGACAGGACCUCUUGAGUCCAAUGUAUUAUCCCCAUCACUAAUUUGUGAAAGCAGCUGUAGCAGUAAAGGCAGCUGACAAAGCCCUAUUUCCCUGAAUAAUAAAUACAUCUGGCCUCGUUCACCUUGAGUCACUGUGUGCUCACUCACCCAGCCUUGAGUUACUGUUUGCAUCUGUACCUACCUGUAUCCCAGUCUGUGUUAAAGCCUGCAGCGCAGAGCUCUAACACAUCCAUAGCUAGAGAAGGGAUAGAGCGUGACGGGACUUUGUGAUACGUCUAUGAGGGGAAGACGUUGCUUCUCCGUGCAUCACACACAGCAUUAUGCUGCCACUUCACUUUACACCUGAUUAUUUUAAGCUGAAAUAGCUUUGCUGUUAUGUCCUAGCAAUAUUGUACAACACUUGUGUGACUGUUUCACGUUGUUGUAUUCUAUUUGAGGUAUCACAAUAAAAGGCUUUAAUCAG